GCGAUGUCAGCAGUAGUUAAUCACUCCAGCUCUAACGAGCCUAAAGCAGAUGUGAAAGCAUCGCCGUCAUCAGAAACAUCAUCUAGUACACACUUCAUAUAUACGAAUGUGUCUAAGGAAAUAAACAGUCACAAUAUUUUCUUCAACACCAAAAAUUCUCCUGGAUAUGCUUCUGAUAGCUCUCCAGUGUCACCAACGUCAUCAGGCUUAGUUCCUUUUACACCCCGUGGAGAUGAAGUGGCAGCUCCCAUAGUUAAUCUUGUUAAUAUUCACGAGUCAUCCCGAAAAUAUGUCGUCAUUGUGGCAAUUGACUUUGGUACAGCGUUUAGUGGGUAUGCCUUCUGCUUCGUUCGAGACCCAGGAAAUAUCCAUGUCAUGCGAAGGUGGGAGGGCGGAGAUCCAGGAAUUAACAAUCAAAAGACACCAAGUUGCCUUCUGCUUGAUCCCAACGGGAGCUUCCAUUCCUUCGGUUACGCAGCCAGGGACUACUUUCAUGACUUGGAGUCACAAGAAGCAAAGAAAUGGAUGUAUUUUGACAAAUUUAAGAUGACACUUUAUAACAAUUUAGACAUAACAAAAGACACGACCAUAUUAGCCGUCAAUGGGAAAGAAGUCUCAGCGAUGAAAGUGUUCGCUCUAUCUCUUAAAUUCUUCCGUGAGCAUGCUCUACAGGAGCUCAAUGACCAGUCCACGGUAACACUAAAGAAUGAAGACAUCCGAUGGGUGAUCACUGUUCCUGCAAUUUGGAGGGAAAGUGCUAAGCAGUUCAUGCGACAAGCUGCAUAUCAAGCCGGUCUUGCCUCGUCUUCAGAUGCUGAGCAGUUGCUAAUAGCUCUGGAGCCCGAGGCAGCCUCAAUCCACUGCAGGCGUCUUAGGAAGAUAGAACUAACAGAUGAAUCGCCUAAGACUAAACUGCUCUCAGUGAUCUUCCCAGAAGACAUCGCAGAGAUACCCGAGAGACUGAAACCGGCAACUGAACUACACGACGGCACUAAAUACAUGGUAGUGGACUGUGGCGGAGGAACAGUGGACAUAACAGUCCAUGCUAUGGACAGUGAGAAAGGUUGUCUGCAAGAGGUCUAUAAAGCUUCAGGAGGGCCUUAUGGAAGCGUGUCUGUCGAUUUGCAAUUUGAAAAACUAUUGGAUUCUAUUUUCGGGGCCGAGUUUAUCUCUCAUUACAAGACUAAGCGACCGGCGGGGUGGGUGGACUUCAUGUUGGCAUUUGAGAGCAGGAAGCGCAGUGCGACUCCCUUCAAAGAUAAUGCACUCAAUGUAUCUAUUCCCUUCUCCCUCUUCGACUACUACAGGAAGAACAAGAACCAGACUGUGGAGAGUGCAAUCAGACGAUUCGAUGACAAAAACGUCCGCUGGAGCUCAGAAGGUAUGAUGCGUCUGACUCCUGAGGGAAUGUUCAAGCUAUUCAAACCGACCCUAGAAAACAUCGUGCAAGUACUGGACGACAUCCUGCAGAGUCCCGCUCUCUCGGGGUCAGGGGUGGACUACAUGUUCCUGGUCGGGGGAUUUGCAGAGUCGCCUGUCCUGCAGAAGUAUCUCAGGGAUACAUACAAGGAUAAGAUACAGCUUAUCAUACCUCAAGGCACAAGUUUAUGUGUUCUGAAAGGAGCAGUUCUAUUCGGCCUAGACCCAACCAUAGUGCGCAUCAGAAGGCCCAAGGUCACGUACGGGGUGGGAGUUCUGAACAAGUUCGUAGAUGGAAAACACGACCCCAAGAAACGGGUCAUAGGCAAAGACGGUCAAGCUUGGGUCACCGACGUAUUUGACCCGUUCGUCAAAUCAGGUCAGGCAAUCGCCCAGGGUGAAAUUGUCACGAGAAGUUAUACCCCGGCUAAAGCUAGCCAGAAACAAAUUGUAGUCAAUAUAUACGCGAGUGAUUCGGAAACUUGUAGGUAUAUAACAGAUAAGGGCGUAAGAAGAUGCGGAACACUCAACAUAGAUUUAUCACAGCUAGACCCGAACGAUUUGGUGAAAUAUUCAAAAAAUUCAGCCGACGGGGUUAAAAAACGAAGGGAGCUUCAACUAACUAUGCAAUUUGGCGAAACGGAGAUUAGAGUUUCGGCUGUUGAUGUUUUGACGAAAACAGUGGUAAAAGCAGAUAUAAACUUCCUCUCUAAUUGACCGAAAUUAACCGAAAAAAUAACUAAUUAAAAUUGGUUAAUUAGUGAAUUGCCUAUUUAAAAUGCGGUUUAGAUCUAAUUAAACGAUUAAUGAUCAGUUCAGAUAGCCUUUAAAAUGAAUUCUAUCGUGAUUACCGUUUUGUAAAAGAUGUGAGUUUAAUAGUUAAUCAAAUAAGUAGAUGAUAGCUUAAUUUCACCACAAUCUAAUGGCGUGUCAAAAGUUGUAUGACGUUUUCAGCUGAAAAAUUUCCUGAAACAAAAAUUAUUUUUGACGAGCCAAGCUUUUAAUGAACAAUCAGUCUAUUUAUCAUCUUUCUAAUAUUAUUUACGGGCUUAUUUUUUGCAUUUUAAAUUUUGCUAAGUUUGAAUUAUUCUGAUGAAAUCUUUCUCUGACCUAAUAAUUUGCGUUGUUCUAAUUUCAUUGAGUUUGUACAUAAUUUUACUAAUGUUUAUCUAGUUAGGUGUGAUAGUUUAUUAACUCAGGUCGUUGCCGGUUGCCUUUUAUCGGUGUCCAUUAUCCUCAAUUUGUCGACGGGAACUUGAAAUGUGUAUUCAAAUUAGAUCUUCCAUGUGCGCUUUCAUACAAUAUGUGGGUUAACAGAUGGAAAAAAUAGUUUUCUAAAAGUUAAGUCUGGGCAAAAUAAUGUUCGACUUACCAUUCAAAAUCAUGCUCAAAGUUGCGUUCAGCAAAUAGUUAACGGCGUUCUGUAAACCUGCGUGUUUUAGGUGUGAAUAAGAUUAUCUACUUGUUGGUCGAAUAAAUUGUAUUUGAUUUGAUGCAAUGCAAUUUUUCAAAUAAAGUUUUGCACAACGA